UUUUUUAUAAUUUUAUGAAAUAUAAAUAUUAAGUGUAUUUAGUUGGAUAAACAAUUUAAUAAGAUGGCUACAGCUAAAUCCGUUCAAUCUGGAUUUCAGCCAGAUUCGGAUGUGCACGUAGCUUUUGAAGAUCAACAAAAAAUUAAUAAAUUUGCUAAACAAAAUGCUAAAAUGGAAGAUUUGCAAGACGAGUUAAAAAGAAAACAGAAUGAUCUACAAAAUUUGAAGGAUGCUUGUGCUGAAAUUGAAUUAUAUGACGACGAUGCAAAAAUUCCAUAUCACAUUGGAGAAACUUUUGUACAGCAGGAUUUAACAACAACAUUGCAACUUUUAGAAGAAGGAAAGAAAAUUAAGGAAAAAGAAAUUUCAGCAUUAAAUGAAAAAUGUAGUGCUUUAAAAAUUAUUAUGAAUGACUUAAAGACACAAUUAUAUGCAAAAUUUGGAAAUCACAUAAGUCUAGAAGCCGAAGAAGAAUAAAGAGUAUUGUAUAAUUUUGAGUACUAUAUUAUCAAUAGCAGUAUAUUCUUAUAAUACAAAGGUUCAAAU